UGGGAACCUAUAAAUGUCAAGGUAUUUUUCUUCCAGUUGAGAAGAACCCAGCAAAAUGGGGAUCUCCACGGUCAUCUUCCAAAUAUGUCUUUUACUGGGUCCAGUUCUACCUACAGCAAGAUCAGUGACAGAAUCAACCAUAGAAGCCACUUCUGAAGAGGCACAGACAGCAGUUUCCCAAUCAGAUCUUCUCACAACACCUGGUCUGUGGAACCCCUUGACUACAGACUAUGGUUUGCCUCUGAGGCUGGUGAGCGGAGGUGACCGGUGUCAGGGCCGCGUGGAGGUCCUGUACCAAGGCUACUGGGGCACCGUGUGUGACGAUGACUGGGACACCCAGGAUGCAGAUGUUGUCUGUCGGCAGCUCGGCUGUGGCCUUGCGGUGUUGGCCCCGGGCGGGGCCUACUUUGGUCAGGGCUCGGGGAACAUUCUCUUGGGCUCCGUGUACUGCUCAGGAUGGGAGCCCUACCUGUCGAGCUGCUCCCACAGCGGGUGGUACAACCAUGAAUGUGGCCACAGGGAAGACGCUGGAGUUGUGUGCUCAGCUUCUUUGUCUCCCACGGAGGCAUCCCUGGCAACAGCUGCGGUAGAAGAUAGCACUACAGAGGAUACUGGGACUACUGGUGCAAUAGCUACUCACACCCAGUCCACAAGCCAGCCAGGCACCUGGCUCCUCACCUCCAUACCUGUAACACCAAAUAUAGGGAGCGAGGCAGGUUUGGCCCUGAGGCUGGUGAAUGGAGGUGACCGGUGUCAGGGCCGCGUGGAGGUCCUGUCCCAAGGCUCCUGGGGCACCGUGUGUGACGACGACUGGGACACCAAUGACGCCAACGUGGUGUGCAGGCAACUGGGCUGUGGCUGGGCCGUGUCGGCCCCGGGAAGUGCCCGCUUUGGUCAGGGCUCAGGGCCCAUUGUCCUGGACAACGUGCGCUGCUCCGGGCAUGAGUCCGACCUGUGGCGCUGCCCCCACAACGGCUGGAACUCGCACAACUGUGGCCAUAGUGAGGACGCCAGUGUCAUCUGUUCAGCUGCCCAGUCCCAGCCCACGACCACACCAGAUUGGUGGUAUACAAGUCCUUCCUACGGGAACGAAACAGGUUUGUCCCUGAGGCUGGUGAAUGGAAGUGACCAUUGUCAGGGCCGCGUGGAGGUCCUGUACCGAGGCUCCUGGGGCACCGUGUGUGACGACAGCUGGGACACCAAUGACGCCGACGUGGUGUGCAGGCAGCUGAGCUGUGGCCGGGCCAUGUCGGCCCCGGGAAGUGCCCGCUUUGGUGAGGGCUCAGGGCCCAUUGUCCUGGACGACGUGCGCUGCUCCGGGCAAGAGUCCUACCUGUGGCGCUGCCCCCACAACGGCUGGAACUCGCACAACUGUCGCCAUGGGGAGGACGCCAGUGUCAUCUGCUCAGGGAACGAGGCAGGUUUGGCCCUGAGGCUGGUGAAUGGAGGUGACCGGUGUCAGGGCCGCGUGGAGGUCCUGUUCCGAGGCUCCUGGGGCACCGUGUGUGACGACGACUGGGACAUCAAUGACGCCAACGUGGUGUGCAGGCAACUGGGCUGUGGCUGGGCCGUGUCGGCCCCGGGAAGUGCCCGCUUUGGUCAGGGCUCAGGGCCCAUUGUCCUGGACAACGUGCGCUGCUCCGGGCAAGAGUCCUACCUGUGGCGCUGCCCCCACAACGGCUGGAACUCGCACAACUGUGGCCAUAGUGAGGACGCCAGUGUCAUCUGUUCAGCUGCCCAGUCCCAGCCCACGACCACACCAGAUUGGUGGUAUACAAGUCCUUCCUACGGGAACGAAACAGGUUUGUCCCUGAGGCUGGUGAAUGGAAGUGACCAUUGUCAGGGCCGCGUGGAGGUCCUGUACCGAGGCUCCUGGGGCACCGUGUGUGACGACAGCUGGGACACCAAUGACGCCGACGUGGUGUGCAGGCAGCUGAGCUGUGGCCGGGCCAUGUCGGCCCCGGGAAGUGCCCGCUUUGGUGAGGGCUCAGGGCCCAUUGUCCUGGACGACGUGCGCUGCUCCGGGCAAGAGUCCUACCUGUGGCGCUGCCCCCACAACGGCUGGAACUCGCACAACUGUCGCCAUGGGGAGGACGCCAGUGUCAUCUGCUCAGGGAACGAGGCAGGUUUGGCCCUGAGGCUGGUGAAUGGAGGUGACCGGUGUCAGGGCCGCGUGGAGGUCCUGUUCCGAGGCUCCUGGGGCACCGUGUGUGACGACGACUGGGACAUCAAUGACGCCAACGUGGUGUGCAGGCAACUGGGCUGUGGCUGGGCCGUGUCGGCCCCGGGAAGUGCCCGCUUUGGUCAGGGCUCAGGGCCCAUUGUCCUGGACAACGUGCGCUGCUCCGGGCAAGAGUCCUACCUGUGGCGCUGCCCCCACAACGGCUGGAACUCGCACAACUGUGGCCAUAGUGAGGACGCCAGUGUCAUCUGUUCAGCUGCCCAGUCCCAGCCCACGACCACACCAGAUUGGUGGUAUACAAGUCCUUCCUACGGGAACGAAACAGGUUUGUCCCUGAGGCUGGUGAAUGGAAGUGACCAUUGUCAGGGCCGCGUGGAGGUCCUGUACCGAGGCUCCUGGGGCACCGUGUGUGACGACAGCUGGGACACCAAUGACGCCGACGUGGUGUGCAGGCAGCUGAGCUGUGGCCGGGCCAUGUCGGCCCCGGGAAGUGCCCGCUUUGGUGAGGGCUCAGGGCCCAUUGUCCUGGACGACGUGCGCUGCUCCGGGCAAGAGUCCUACCUGUGGCGCUGCCCCCACAACGGCUGGAACUCGCACAACUGUCGCCAUGGGGAGGACGCCAGUGUCAUCUGCUCAGGGAACGAGGCAGGUUUGGCCCUGAGGCUGGUGAAUGGAGGUGACCGGUGUCAGGGCCGCGUGGAGGUCCUGUUCCGAGGCUCCUGGGGCACCGUGUGUGACGACGACUGGGACAUCAAUGACGCCAACGUGGUGUGCAGGCAACUGGGCUGUGGCUGGGCCGUGUCGGCCCCGGGAAGUGCCCGCUUUGGUCAGGGCUCAGGGCCCAUUGUCCUGGACAACGUGCGCUGCUCCGGGCAAGAGUCCUACCUGUGGCGCUGCCCCCACAACGGCUGGAACUCGCACAACUGUGGCCAUAGUGAGGACGCCAGUGUCAUCUGUUCAGCUGCCCAGUCCCAGCCCACGACCACACCAGAUUGGUGGUAUACAAGUCCUUCCUACGGGAACGAAACAGGUUUGUCCCUGAGGCUGGUGAAUGGAAGUGACCAUUGUCAGGGCCGCGUGGAGGUCCUGUACCGAGGCUCCUGGGGCACCGUGUGUGACGACAGCUGGGACACCAAUGACGCCGACGUGGUGUGCAGGCAGCUGAGCUGUGGCCGGGCCAUGUCGGCCCCGGGAAGUGCCCGCUUUGGUGAGGGCUCAGGGCCCAUUGUCCUGGACGACGUGCGCUGCUCCGGGCAAGAGUCCUACCUGUGGCGCUGCCCCCACAACGGCUGGAACUCGCACAACUGUCGCCAUGGGGAGGACGCCAGUGUCAUCUGCUCAGGGAACGAGGCAGGUUUGGCCCUGAGGCUGGUGAAUGGAGGUGACCGGUGUCAGGGCCGCGUGGAGGUCCUGUUCCGAGGCUCCUGGGGCACCGUGUGUGACGACGACUGGGACAUCAAUGACGCCAACGUGGUGUGCAGGCAACUGGGCUGUGGCUGGGCCGUGUCGGCCCCGGGAAGUGCCCGCUUUGGUCAGGGCUCAGGGCCCAUUGUCCUGGACAACGUGCGCUGCUCCGGGCAAGAGUCCUACCUGUGGCGCUGCCCCCACAACGGCUGGAACUCGCACAACUGUGGCCAUAGUGAGGACGCCAGUGUCAUCUGUUCAGCUGCCCAGUCCCAGCCCACGACCACACCAGAUUGGUGGUAUACAAGUCCUUCCUACGGUAAGCAUCCUUGAUUUCCUGCCGAAAGAUUACCAUCAACACCAUAACCAAGUGGCGUGGGUGAAAUUCCU